CAUUCAGAGUCUGCAUAGCAGACUAGCCCCUGUCAGACAUAGUGGAUCGAGAUUAGUGUAGGUGGGGAAGCCGAUCGAGGGAGAGAGAAAGACAGAGACAGAGUGAAAGAGCUCUUGUAGACAUCAUCGAGGGACUGGGUGAUAUCACCCAUAUCUAAAAAGAUUCAAUAUUUGUUCUUUUUCUCAUUGAUCUGUUCUGUCCACAAGCGAUCUGUUUAUGCAUUGUGUGCUGAAUGCUAUCAUGAAGUUUCGACAUGCACGCACACAACAGUCCACUUCGUGAGAUCACAGCGGGUCGUGUUUGACUGUAUGCGGGAAUAUAGUAUACCCCAUUAUACCCCGGUGUUAUAUAAUUAUACCAUUCAGUUCGAUCCAAAAUAUACUGUUGAGCGCUGUCAAAACGCUCCUAAACAUGGCGGGUGCAACUCCAGGUCAGCAGGCCCGUGUUAUGAUGUGGUGUACGCCCAGGUCAAUAUCAUCCGUAUUUUGCAAGUGCUUGAGCUUCGUUCCCGACAUCGACGUCUUCUUCGACACCUACUAUUUUGCUUACGAGGCCGAGAUCGACCUGGGAACCAUAGGGAAGGUAGUCGAUCAUGACGCUGGGAACAUUGACGAGGCGGACUGGGUGAAGGCGGCCGAGAUGAUCUGCGAGGAGAAAUGCGAUAACCGAGUCAAGCUAGACAUGCUCAAGUACCCAGUGAUCAAAUCAAUGCUCGAUAACCCGGAUCCAAACAAAAAGGUCAUCUUUUAUAAGGGCGUGUCGCAGUCCAUGGAUAGUAAGCACUUCCGGUUCCUUCCAGAUAAAUCCAGCAACUACAAGCACUCCUUCUUUCUGCGUCACCCAGCCAAGGUCUUCAGCUCCUGGAAGAAGGUCAUCCACUCCAUUCUGAGAGAUGUAGGCGACGGAACCGGGAAGAAGCUCACCAAAAGUCUGGAAGAUUUUGACAUAAGAUACGAUGUGCCCGAGAAAUACAAGAUCUCUGGUUUGCUCUACAAAGAGCUCCAUGAUCUGUGGGUCUACGUCCUGGACAACCUUGAUCCGGACCCUGUCGUUGUGGAGAGUGACGAUUUACUUGCUGAUCCAGCUGCGGUGCUAUCCAAGUACUGCAAGGCGGUUGGAAUACGGUACAACGAUAGUCUUCUGUCAUGGGAUGCUAACCCGGAUAUCACGGAUAGCUGGAAGUGUGCCUUCAUGCCGGUCAAGGAAUUCGAGUUCAUCCGGAUCUUCUGCCACAACGCAUUCCAUACUUCUCACUUCCUGGCUCCACCUCCAGUUCCAUCUUUUGAUGAUCUGCCCAAUGACGUCAGGGAGAUAGCAGAAUUGUCUAUGCCGUAUUACAACAAGAUGUACAAAACCAGACUGAUACCUUAACUCAAUAAAAAAAAACAAAUAGGCAUUUAUUUUAUUCUCUAUAAGAUACUAAUCAAAUGACUGCCUGAGAUCGAUCACGUGACCAUACUAAUAAAAAUAAUGACUGACUGUGUCACUGUAGACAAAGUAAUGAUAUAGAGUCACUGAGUCAUUAUAAAUUUUUGAGAACUAUUUGGUCAAUAUUGUGAUGGUAUUUUGCUUAAAUCAUGAUAAUUAUAUUGAUGAUUUUUCUCAUUUUAAGCAGUGAAGUUCUGUCAAGCCACAUUCUCUAGGUGAAAACAAAACAGCAACAAGUAGGCCUCGUUCUUAACCAGCAAGUGGUGGAAAUAAAGUUUCUGGAAGCCAACUUGAUAUUCCAGAGACAACCAAACAUAUCGAUCAUGAAGAAUUAAUUAUAUUCAGGGGAAAACUUGAGGUAAGAAUAAGAAAAGUCGAACAGCCUGUCUAAAGUUUUAGUAAAUGGUCAAAUGUGAAUUACAACUAAAGUAUAUCUUCCAAUAAUCUUCAAAAAAUAGUGUGGCCACUUUAAAAUGAAUAAAUAAAUAAAUCCUUAUUCCAUUUCUUUAAAUAUGUUAAAAAUUUAGAACACAUCACCGCUUUUAAGAAUGAUAGGCUCAAGCUUCGAUCAAGGUACACCAAAAAAUUGAAAAUACCUCAGAUCAAAAUAAAAAAUACUAAGGAACAGGGGCUCAAUAAAAAUAACAUCAACAAUAGAAAUGGGUGUCAAGCAUGGACCAUACAAUAUGAAGAAGGAAAUAUUUCAACCACAUUUAGAAAUUAGCUGCUUAUAAUAUAAUAUACAUAUAUACUGCAUGUUAAACGGAACCAAUCUUGCUUAUUAUAUUUUUGCCAAAUAGAUGUUUAUAUUAGUUGUCCACUUUAUGCCAGCAAUAUUAUUUUUCAUAUAUAUUUUGCCAGAAUAGCUAGAAAAUAAAGAAUCUUUUCACUCUGCAGUAUUCGCUAUCACACCCAGAAAUUGUUACACACCCAUGUACAGUUUUGCACUUUUUAAUUCGACUAAAAAUUUGAUAAAGGACGAAAAUCGUGUAAAUUGACUCUUAAUUAAGUUACUUAUUCAAAUUUUAGUGGACGGCUACUAAUGAAAACCACAAUCAUUAUAAGGUCAGUUACAACGAAUACAACUUUGCUUCAUGUUGUAACGGUUUAUUUCCUAUUCGUCUAAUGCCAAUUCGCUCAAUUGCCAACUCGUCUAUCAUUUGGUCUACCAUCGGUUCGUCCACUAUCCACAUGGUCUAAUUGCCAAUUCAUCCACUCACCAUUUCAUCUAAUAACCAGUUGGUCCAAAUAGCCAUGUAGUCCAUAUACCAUUUGGUCUAAUUGGACCUAGAGUUAAUUGUGCAAAAUGAAUGAAAAUGAAAUUGAUAUUAGACUAACUGGUUAUGAGACGAAAUGGUGAUUAGACGAAGUGAUGAUAGGACCAAAUGGUUAUUGGAUCAAAUGGCUGUUAGACGAAAUGUUGAUGGACAUAAUGGCGUUAGACUAAAUGAAAGUAGACCAUGUGGUGAGUGGACGAAUUGGCAAUUACCAUUGUAGCGAGGUGAGCAUAAGAAAUAAUGUCAUAUAAUGAAAUACAAAUGAAAUAGUGUGUGACCACUGACCACAGUCCGUUUCCUCAAUUGCAUACUGACCAGGAUGUACAUUAUAUUUACAUUAAAUUUCAUAACUACAUUCGAUUUAAAAAAAGUA